AAUCAUAUUAAUUGUCAUGUCACUCAGUCAUCUCACGAUAGUCACUCGGCCCUGCCGGUCCGUCCACCGAAGCUUAAUAUUUCUUUCACCAAACCCAGCUAGCAACACAAUCGAUCUGCCAACCACGACUGAGAAGAAAUGACGAGAUAUGGCAGCAAACAAUGAUGAUACCAUUUUCGAAUCACUUCUAGGCAUCGACAUUAUCGACGCCGUCCGCGCGUGCUUUAUUUUCGCCGCGUGUACAACGCUGCUCUUCACCUCCCUCCCUGCUCUGAACAGUCGCUUCGUCAAUUACGGUGCCCGGUCAUCGUCCACGGCCAAGACACAAGAUGGCGAUUCAACCCCCAAACAGCCCUCAUCCGAUGCAACUGUCGUAACGAGUGUCCUGGACCGCCUGGCAACCUGGCAGGUGCCGCACAGAUACUUUACGCAUUACUACAUUACGUUGCUGCUUUCUUCGGCGUUCUGGAUCAAUCAGCUCCUUACUCAUGGCCCUGCGUUUCGGUUUGUCGUGGCGAAUACGAGUUCUGAGCAUUUGCAGAAAUCGAUGACCCUGCGUCAGGUCUUGCUGUGUAUUGGGCUAGUGGUUAUUCAGGGUGUGCGGAGGCUGUAUGAGAGUUUUGCAUUCGCGAAACCGUCCUCGUCGCGCAUGGGCGUGGUGCAUUGGCUGCUGGGGUUGUCCUUUUACUUGGGGGUUACAAUAGCAAUAUGGAUUGAAGGAUUGGGCGCGGUGCUUUCAAACACGUUAACCCUGGACGACUUCCGAGUCACCGUCGUCCCGACCUUAAAAACACUCCUAUUCCUACCGGUGUUCUUGAUGGCGUCUGGCCUACAACACGAUUGUCACCAUUACCUCUCAUCGCUGAAGAAAUACACCGUCCCAACACAUCCGCUCUUCACCUGGGUGGUCUCUCCACACUACACGGCAGAAUGCGUGAUAUAUCUCUCGCUCACAUUCCUCGCAGCCCCAGAAGGGGAAUUCUUGAACAAGACCAUCCUCUGUGGCCUGUUUUUCGUCGUGGUCAAUCUCGGUGGGACGGCGCGGAACAGCCAGAAAUGGUAUAAGGAGAAAUUCGGCGAGGAGAGUAUUCGCGGAAAAUGGAUUAUGAUACCGGGUAUAUAUUAACAAUGUCAAUCCUUUCAUC